AUGGAAAAUCCAUUGGAAAAAUACAAAAAAUACAAGGCUAUCGUGUGCAUAAACUCGGAUAGUCAAAAUUCUGACGUUUACGAAGGAGAAGUGGUGGAAACGAAAGUGCCGGUCUGCCAGUUUCCAAUCUCAUUUCAGACAAUCGAAACUUCCAGGUCAUCAUGAAAAGAAAUCGGCUGCCUAAAGUUGCGAUCCCGGAGAUCGAAGUGCACUCGCAGAUAUCGCACGCGCACAUCGUCCAGUUCAUAGACAGCUUCGCAGAUAUGGAACUGCGGGAGGUGAUUGUGAUGGAGAGAUGCCAGUUCGAUCUGCAGCAGCUCAUCGCGAAAGAGCCGAUCCCGCCAGCUCGAAUCCAGAAGUUCACGAAGCACAUGCUGCUCGGGCUCGCGUACCUUCACGAAAACAACUAUAUUCACCGAGAUAUCAAGGUGAGCAAGCAUUCUGGAAGCACUCAUGGAGCCUCUUCCAGCCAGAGAACCUGCUGAUCGACGACGGAGACAAUCUGAAACUCGGCGACUUCGGACUGGCCCGUCGCGUGCCCAGUCCGAGAAUGACUCCGCACAUGAUGACCCUCUGGUUCCGUCCGCUCGAAAUCCUUCUCGGAUCAACGACCUACACCACAUCCGUCGACAUUUGGGCCGUCGGAUGCGUCUUAGCCGAGAUGUACCGUCGCUAUUCUCUGUUCAGGAGCCAAGGACAGAUCGGAAUGGUAAAUGACUGAAACCUGAUCAGCUCCAUUUGCUCUCUACAGAUUAACCAAAUCAUCAACGUCUUCGGUGUUCCGGACGAAGAAGAUUGGCCGGAUUUUAACAACCUUCCUGAAAUGCAGAACAUCGUUCUGGAAGGUCCAGAACAUUCCAGAAUCGAUGACGCUGUUGACAACGCCUCCGAAGCCGCUCUGGAUCUUCUGGAAGAGCUCAUGCAGCUGAACCCGGAGAGUCGGUUGAGUGCGAAAGAAGCUCUGGAUCACCAGUAUUUCAAGGGACCGGAUACGUCGAGAAUUAG